AUGAAACUGGUCAGCUUCUGCUUCGCGUUUUUCACGAAUAUUCUCUUAAUUUCUGGCAAACUCAAAGGUGAAGGGAAAAUAUGCGGCAGAUCAGUCGGAAGCGCAACUAUAGAAGAGAAAAUCGUCGCAGGUUUCGACGUAGGUUAUUACAAGUACCCAUGGUACGCUGCUCUCAUGGUUUCGAAUAUAGUAGCCUGUGGGGGAUCGUUGGUAGGCACAAAAACCGUAGUCACUGCGGCACACUGUUUCAAAGAAUACCUUGUUGGACACGGCCCCAGCAAAAACAAAAAACUGGAAGAUGCUUAUAACGUUUCUCUCGGAAUAUACAACAGGUGCCAAAAGGAGAAAACGCAAAAGACAUUUUUUAUCCAGAAAGUGCACGUGCAUGAAAAGUAUAAAGACAAUAUACCAUACUACGACGUUGCUGUGUUGAUCUUGAAAGAAAGUACCAACACGUACGAACCCAUUUGCUUACCCAAAUCCCAGAUCAAAAAUAAGCCACGGGAAGGUUGGGUACCAGGUUUGGGUACUUUGAGGUACCACGGUUCCACUCCGUGUACUUUACACGAGGCAAGGCUUCUGGUGUACUCCGAUUCGGAAUGUCGAAAAAUGAUCAACAGUACCGGUAACGACCCGAAGAAACUAUAUCGGGCCUUUUGUGCCGGGUACCUACAAGGAGGAAUCGAUACCUGUCAAGGUGACAGCGGUGGCCCCUUUCAAAUUAUUGACGAAUACGGCAACUACAUUUUAAUGGGUUUGGUAUCUUUUGGUUUUCAUUGUGCUAACCCCAACUUGCUGGGCAUCUACACCGACGUGUCCCAGUACGUCGAGUGGAUUGAGGAAAAAGCUGGUUUUAAGGCGACCAUGGAAGGAAGCGACAAUUCGACAGCAGUGACAGCACCUACGGUCACGGGAGAAAUAACUCAUCCAAGUGAUAGUACCAAACCUCAUAAACCGACGAAGAAACCAAAUCCGGUACACGUUAUUCACCCAACUGGUGGACGACCUAUCAAUAUAAUUAUCAUUAAUGAUCGAAGUGACAGGAAGUUUCCGGCACAAACUACCGUCCGGAAAAAUAAACACCAGAACCAGAAUAAGUCGCAACGAAAAAGGAAAAAUAGGAAACGAGACAGAACCAAGCGGCCAUCGUGA